AUGGUCCUGGGUGUCGCCAGAAAGAAGGUGCGCUUUGCCCGACCCACCGAGUGCACCAGCAUCUUUGGCUACGCGCCGGGAACGGUGCCGCCGUUCGCCCACGACGUGCCCGCGCGCGUCUUGCUCGACACGGCCCUUGAAGGCGCGGAGCGCAUUGUGCUGGGCGGCGGAACCUCGGACGUGCUUUUGGAGGCGUCGUUCGAGGCACUUCUGGAGCUCUGCCAUGCACCGCGCGUUCUGCCGCUGGCCAUGCAGCACGACAUUACGAGCUUGCAGGCGGCGCCGCAAGACUAA